UACAUUUUACUCGCCUGAAGGAGACUGUGGACACAUGGAACAUGGCUAUAUGGAACAUGGCUGUGCCUUCUGAAGCCAGUCCCAAGCCAAAAUUAACAGGAUGGCCAGGACCCUUGGCAGGGAAGAAGAAGCCAAGAGCAAUCCCAAGAGGCCAGGGGGCACUUCCCCCUUGGAAGAAGGACAAACUCUAAAAACAGGGCUCCAUUUUGUCAUUGUUUAAGUGGAAAUUAUGUCACCACAACUGAUCUCACACGGUCACUGGGAGGAUCCAUCCAUUCCUUCAGUAAAUACAUAAUGGAGCUGGGAGUGACAAGUGCUGGGAUGUGCAGCAGGACAGGAGGAAAUCCCUGCCUGCCAGGAGCAUAUGAUGCAGCGAGGAGACAUGAUCAAGCAAUGGAAAUGGAGUGCAGAGGGUCAGAAGAUUAGAACGAGGAAGGGAAAAAGAAAACAAGGAAAGAAGGGAGAGAGAAGAAAGGAAGGAAAAACUAAGGAAAGGAAUGGAAGAAACGAAGUGGGGCAGAUGAGAAGAUAUGCCAGACACGGAAAAGGCGAAAACAGGAGCAGCAAGAAUGAAAAGGAUGCAGGGAAGGGAAGGGAAGGGACGCGACUGCGCAGCCUGCGGACCACUUUCUCCCUGGGGGCGUGGCUUCUCGUGACGACACUGCGCCGCGCCGCCGCCCCCGGCCUGCUUCCCGGCCUUGCGAAAUCUCUGGGCGCGCUCGUGGCCGCUGGCCCGGCCGGCCCGGCGCUCCCUGGGUGGUUGCGAGUCCUUCGACCUCUGGCCCUCGGCCCAACCAGCCCCGGCGGCGGCAGAGCGGUAAUUGCCCUGAGACGCGGCGCUUUUCCGGGCGGGUUGUGCAAGGCCGCGAGAGCGGGGCCCGGGGCAGGGGCUCUCACGUCUCGCCCGCCAAGCUUGCGCGGGCCUCCCCGCCUCCGUCCUCGCCGGGACCUGCCACCAGCGGGGGUGAACAGGAUCCUGAACUCUGGGUCCGCGGCCUUGGCUGUUGUGAGCAUUAGAGACACCACGGAGAGCCCUAGGACGGCAGCGGAGGCCACGUUCACGUUCUGUGCGCCUGGCUGGCCGUGGUCCCCGCGCUGCCCGUCAAGACUGGAAUUGGGAUGGGGAUGCUGAGCGAGGUGCCUGUGGUCCAGCCUGACUACCUAAAUUCAGCCCCUGGAAUCCUCAUGGUGGAAGAGAACUGGUUCCUGCAGGAGGUCAUGAGACCUAUAUACAUGCGGGACAGCUAGACACACAUACACACUCGCACACAAAACAAAAUAUAACCAAAAAAAGCUUUAAGAGACUGGAGUCUGACUGGGCAUGUGCACUCAGAGAGCAGAGGCAGGCAGAUCUCUGUGAGAUGGAGGCCAACCUGUCUAGAGAGCUCCAGGACAGCUGGGACUACAGGGAGUGACUAUCAAAAAAAAAAAGAGAAAAAAACCUACAAAAAGACUGGGUACAAACUGCUUCUGCCACUUGAUUCUUUUUGGAUGACCUUGGAGCUAUGCCUCCCUUCUCUGACCUUGGCUUUUAUCUCCUGUAAUUGGGUGAUGAUGGUCCAGGCUUCAUCAAUCUGUUAAUUUAAAUGGGAUGAUACCUGAAAAAGUUCGAGGUAUGCGGGCGUCCUGACGACCGGCGCCUUUAAUACCAGUACUUGUGAUUGAGGCCAGCCUGGUCUAAAUAUCGAGUCCCAGGCCAUCUGGGGCUACAAGGAGACUGUCUCAAAAAGACGAAAAAAAAGCUGGGUGUAGUGGUGGCAUGCC